CGGUAAACUGCCAGCCCGGACCAGCUCCUCUUGGCUUGUCACAACGGGUCAAAACGGAGCUCAACCAAGAGUCUAGAAUUGAUCCUCAGUUCUUUCUCAUCUGGGAGGUCAUUCCUUACUCCUGGUUCCACGGUAGCUUGAGCCACAGGUGACGUACCUCACUCGCCACACCGUUGCCACACCAAGUAUAAGAGACUCCUUCAGGCUUGGGCAUUCAUCGUGACAACUACAAAUCUUGACAAAAGCUUCAAAAGAUACAAUUUUUAUUCGUUUCGACCCUGUUUUUCUCUUCUGACCUAUCACACAACACGAAGCCCUCACAAUCAAACAUCAUGGGUCUCCCCGCUUUCUCAGAACCCGCAACAACCACUUCUCCUCAAACCCCGCAACAAGAACAGAAUCACAGCACUGGCGUUGCUACCGGUGCAGGCGCAAACACUGGCGCAGGCGUGACAAGGCCCAAGACUGAAGAGGAGAAAGAGGCCGAUCGAAUUUAUGACGAGGCCAUGGAGGAGGAGUAUGCUAAGCGUGAUGGAGGCGCCUAAGCAUGGAACAACUGGAGCAUGACUCGAAGUACAUAUUUACGACCUGAAGUCAAUCGACGAGAAAUUAUAGCUAGAAGGAUGAUAUUCUCAGCUCUGGACCAAAAUGAAUAAUACAAGUUGCUCCGAGGUUCGCCUGAGAUGUGA